UUUGUUUUUAUUUUUAGCUUUGCAAUGUCGGGACGGCAUUGAGCUCUGUGUUAAUGAUGGAGUAUGUGUUACCUACCACAAUGGCACAGGAUACUGCAAAUGUCCAGAGGGCUUCUUGGGAGAAUAUUGUCAACAUCGAGACCCCUGUGGGAAGAACCGCUGCCAGAAUGGUGGGACAUGCGUGGUCCAGGCCAUGUUGGGGAAGGCCACGUGCCAGUGCGCUCCGGGGUUCACGGGCGAGGACUGCCAGCACUCGACCACGCACCCCUGCUAUGCAUCUCCUUCCUGUCUGAAUGGAGGCACCUGCCAUGUGCUCAGCCAGGAUGAUUACGAGUGCACCUGCCAAGUUGGUUUCACAGGUAAGCUGUGCCAAUGGACGGAUGCCUGCCUAUCUCAUCCCUGUGCAAAUGGAAGCACCUGUACCACCGUGGCCAACCAGUUCUCCUGCAAAUGCCCGCCAGGCUUCACAGGGCAGAAAUGUGAGACUGACAUCAAUGAGUGUGACGUUCCUGGACAAUGCCAGCAUGGUGGCACCUGCCUCAACCUCCCGGGCUCCUAUCAGUGCCAAUGCCCCCAGGGCUUCACCGGCCAGCACUGCGACAGCCCCUACGUGCCAUGUGCACCCUCGCCCUGUGUUAAUGGAGGCACCUGCCGGCAGACCGGCGACUUCACUUUUGAGUGCAACUGCCUUCCAGGUUUUGAAGGCAGCACCUGUGAGCGGAAUAUUGAUGACUGCCCCAACCACCGGUGUCAGAACGGAGGGGUUUGUGUGGAUGGGGUCAAUACCUACAACUGCCGCUGCCCCCCUCAGUGGACAGGACAGUUCUGCACGGAGGAUGUGGACGAGUGCCUGCUGCAGCCCAACGCCUGUCAGAACGGAGGCACCUGUACCAACCGCAAUGGAGGCUACGGCUGCGUGUGCGUCAAUGGCUGGAGUGGAGACGACUGCAGUGAGAACAUCGACGACUGUGCCUUCGCCUCCUGCACUCCGGGCUCCACCUGCAUUGACCGCGUGGCCUCCUUUUCAUGCAUGUGCCCCGAGGGAAAGACAGGACUCUUGUGUCAUCUGGAUGAUGCAUGCAUCAGCAAUCCGUGCCACAAGGGGGCACUGUGUGAUACCAACCCCCUGAACGGGCAGUAUAUCUGCACCUGCCCACAAGGCUACAAAGGGGCUGACUGCACAGAAGACGUGGAUGAGUGCACCAUGGCCAAUAGCAAUCCUUGUGAGCACGCAGGGAAAUGUGUGAACACAGACGGCGCCUUCCACUGUGAGUGUCUGAAGGGCUAUGCAGGGCCUCGCUGCGAGAUGGACAUCAACGAGUGCCAUUCCGACCCCUGCCAGAACGACGCCACCUGCCUGGAUAAGAUCGGGGGCUUCACAUGCCUGUGCAUGCCAGGUUUCAAAGGUGUGCAUUGUGAGUUGGAGAUAAACGAGUGUCAGAGCAACCCCUGUGUGAACAAUGGGCAGUGUGUGGAUAAAGUCAAUCGCUUCCAGUGUCUGUGUCCCCCUGGCUUCACCGGGCCCGUUUGCCAGAUCGAUAUUGAUGACUGUUCCAGCACCCCGUGUCUGAACGGCGCCAAGUGCAUCGAUCACCCCAACGGUUAUGAAUGCCAGUGUGCCACGGGAUUCACUGGCGUGUUGUGUGAGGAGAACAUUGACAACUGUGACCCCGACCCCUGCCACCAUGGCCAGUGUCAGGACGGGAUUGAUUCCUACACCUGCAUCUGCAACCCCGGGUACAUGGGCGCCAUCUGCAGCGACCAGAUAGACGAGUGUUACAGCAGCCCCUGCCUGAACGAGGGCCGCUGCAUCGACCUGGUGAACGGCUACCAGUGCAACUGCCAGCCCGGCACGUCGGGUGUUAAUUGUGAGAUCAAUUUUGAUGACUGUGCGAGUAACCCGUGUGUCCAUGGCGUCUGUAUGGAUGGAGUUAAUCGUUACAGUUGUGUCUGCUCACCGGGAUUCACAGGGCAGAGAUGUAACAUUGACAUUGACGAGUGUGCCUCCAAUCCCUGUCGCAAGGGUGCAACGUGCAUCAACGAUGUGAAUGGUUUUCGCUGUAUAUGCCCCGAGGGUCCCCAUCACCCCAGCUGCUUCUCGCAGGUGAACGAGUGUCUGAGCAAUCCCUGCAUCCACGGGAACUGUACCGGGGGCCUCAGCGGAUACAAGUGCCUCUGUGAUGCAGGCUGGGUCGGCAUCAACUGUGAAGUGGACAAAAAUGAAUGCCUUUCCAAUCCAUGCCAGAAUGGAGGAACCUGUGACAACCUGGUGAAUGGAUACAGGUGUACUUGCAAGAAGGGCUUUAAAGGCCAUAACUGUCAGGUGAAUAUCAACGAAUGUGCUUCAAAUCCGUGCCUGAACCAAGGAACCUGCCUUGAUGACAUAAGUGGCUACACCUGCCGCUGCGUGCUGCCCUACACAGGCAAGAACUGUCAGACGGUGCUGGCUCCCUGUUCCCCAAACCCUUGUGAGAAUGCUGCUGUGUGCAGAGAGGCGCCCAAUUUCGAGAGUUAUACCUGCCUGUGUGCCCCUGGCUGGCAAGGUCAGCGGUGUACCAUUGACAUUGACGAGUGUGUCUCCAAGCCCUGCCUGAACCGUGGUCUCUGCCAUAACACCCAGGGCAGCUACAUGUGCGAGUGUCCUCCGGGCUUCAGCGGUAUGGACUGUGAGGAGGACAUCGAUGAUUGCCUCGCCAAUCCUUGCCAGAAUGGAGGCUCCUGUGUCGAUGGAGUGAAUACGUUCUCCUGCCUGUGCCUUGCGGGCUUCACCGGGGACAAGUGCCAGACAGACAUUAACGAGUGCCUGAGCGAACCCUGUAAGAACGGAGGGACCUGCUCCGACUACGUCAACAGCUACACGUGCAAGUGCCCGGCGGGAUUUGAAGGAGUCCACUGCGAGAACAACAUCGACGAGUGCACUGAGAGCUCCUGUUUCAACGGGGGUACGUGUGUCGACGGAAUUAACUCCUUCUCUUGCUUGUGCCCUGUGGGCUUCACUGGCCCAUACUGCCUCCAUGAGAUCAAUGAGUGCAACUCUCAUCCGUGCCUGAAUGAAGGAAUAUGUGUGGAUGGCCUGGGUACCUACCGCUGCACCUGCCCCUUGGGCUACACUGGGAAAAACUGUCAGACCCUGGUGAACCUGUGCAGUCGGUCUCCAUGUAAAAACAAAGGCACCUGCAUUCAAGAGAAAGCGCACUCCUGGUGCCGGUGUCCACCUGGGUGGGCUGGUGCCUACUGCGACGUGCCCAAUGUCUCCUGUGAGGUGGCGGCCAAGGGAAGAGGGGUGACCCCCGACCGCUUGUGCCAGCACUCGGGCGUCUGCAUCAAUGCCGGCAACUCGCACCACUGCCAGUGCCCCCUGGGCUACACCGGAAGCUACUGCGAGCAGCAGCUGGACGAGUGUGCGUCCAAUCCCUGCCAGCACGGAGCCACCUGCAGGGACUUCAUUGGUGGAUACCGAUGUGAGUGUGUCCCAGGAUACCAGGGUGUCAACUGCGAGUACGAGGUGGAUGAGUGCCAGAACCAGCCAUGCCAGAACGGAGGCACCUGUGUCGACCUGGUGAACCAUUUCAAGUGCUCCUGCCCGCCAGGCACCCGCGGCCUGCUUUGUGAAGAGAACAUUGACGACUGUGCCAGGGGGCCCCACUGCCUCAACGGUGGGCAGUGUGUGGAUAAGAUCGGGGGCUACAGCUGCCGCUGCCUGCCUGGCUUUGCCGGAGAGCGGUGUGAGGGGGACAUCAACGAGUGCCUGUCCAACCCCUGCAGCUCGGAGGGCAGCCUGGACUGCGUACAGCUCACCAACGACUACAAGUGCGUCUGCCGCAGCGCCUUCACAGGUCGUCACUGUGAAACUUUCGUCGACGUGUGUCCCCAGAUGCCUUGCUUGAAUGGAGGGACUUGUGCCGUGGCCAGCAACAUGCCUGAUGGUUUCAUUUGCCGUUGUCCCCCGGGGUUCUCCGGGGCGAGAUGCCAGAGCAGCUGUGGACACGUGAAGUGUAGGCGAGGGGAGCAGUGUGUCCACACGCCCUCAGGACCCCGCUGCUUCUGCCCCAACCCCCAGGAGUGCGAGCUGGGCUGUGCCAGCAGCCCCUGCCAGCACGGGGGGAGCUGCCUCCCGCAGCGCCAGCCCCCAUAUUACUCCUGCCAGUGCCCUCCGCCGUUCCGGGGCAGCCGCUGUGAGCUCCACAUGGCCCCCACCAGCACCCCACCUGCCACCUGUCACAGCCAGUACUGUGCCGACAAAGCUCGGGACGGCGUCUGCGAUGAGGCCUGCAACAGCCAUGCCUGCCAGUGGGACGGGGGUGACUGCUCCCUCACCAUGGAGAACCCCUGGGCCAACUGCUCCUCCCCACUGCCCUGCUGGGAUUACAUCAACAACCAGUGUGAUGAGCUGUGCAACACGGCCGAGUGCCUGUUUGACAACUUCGAGUGCCAGGGGAACAGCAAGACGUGCAAGUACGACACGUACUGCGCAGACCACUUCAGGGACGACCACUGCGACCAGGGCUGCAACAGCGAGGAGUGCGGCUGGGACGGGCUGGACUGCGCUGCUGACCGGCCGGAGAACCUGGCCGAGGGGACCCUGGUGAUCGUGGUGCUGAUGCCCCCCGAGCAGCUGCUGCAGGACGCGCGCAGCUUCUUGCGGGCCCUGGGCACCCUGCUGCACACCAACCUGCGCAUCAAGCAGGACCCCCAGGGGCACCUCAUGGUUUACCCCUACUACGGCGAGAAGCCAGCUGCCCUGAAGAAUCCGAGGCUGGCACGCAGGUCCCUUCCUGAGGAUCCAGACCAGGAGGUGGCCGGCUCUAAGGUAUUUCUGGAAAUCGACAACCGCCAGUGUGUUCAAGAUUCAGACCAGUGCUUCAAGACCACGGAUGCAGCUGCAGCUCUUCUGGCCUCUCACGCUAUCCAGGGCACCCUGUCCUACCCGCUUGUCUCUGUCGUCAGUGAAUCCCUGGGUCCCAAACCCACCCAGCUGCUCUAUCUCCUUGCCGUCGCCGUUGUCAUCAUCCUGUUCCUUCUGCUGCUGGUGGUCAUCAUGGCAAAACGGAAGCGGAAGCACGGCUCCCUCUGGCUGCCCGAAGGCUUCACCCUUCGCCGGGAGUCCAGCAAUCACAAGCGCCGCGAGCCGGUGGGACAGGAUGCCGUGGGGCUGAAGAAUCUCUCCACGCAAGUCUCAGAGGCUAACCUGAUAGGUUCUGGAACAAGUGAGCAUUGGGUCGACGAUGAAGGGCCCCAGCCAAAGAAAGCCAAGGCUGAAGCCGAGGCUUUGCUCUCAGAAGACGACCCCAUCGAUCGACGCCCGUGGACACAGCAGCACCUCGAGGCCGCAGACAUCCGCAGGACCCCGUCGCUGGCCCUCACGCCCCCGCAGGCGGAGCAGGAGGUGGACGUGCUGGACGUGAACGUCCGGGGCCCAGAUGGGUGCACCCCGCUGAUGCUGGCUUCCCUCCGAGGAGGCAGCUCAGAUGUGAGUGAGGAAGAUGAGGACGCAGAGGACUCGUCUGCCAACAUCAUCACAGACUUGGUCUACCAGGGGGCCAGCCUGCAGGCCCAGACAGACCGGACCGGCGAGAUGGCCCUGCACCUGGCCGCACGCUACUCCAGGGCAGAUGCCGCCAAGCGUCUCCUGGACGCAGGUGCAGACGCCAACGCCCAGGACAACAUGGGCCGCUGCCCUCUCCAUGCUGCAGUGGCGGCUGAUGCCCAAGGUGUUUUCCAGAUCCUGAUCCGCAACCGAGUGACCGAUCUGGAUGCCAGGAUGAACGAUGGCACCACACCCCUGAUCCUGGCUGCGCGCCUGGCUGUGGAGGGGAUGGUGGCGGAGCUGAUCAACUGCCAAGCAGACGUGAACGCGGUGGAUGACCACGGAAAAUCUGCUCUUCACUGGGCAGCGGCUGUCAACAACGUGGAGGCGACGCUUUUGCUGCUGAAAAAUGGGGCCAACCGAGACAUGCAGGACAACAAGGAGGAGACGCCGCUGUUCCUUGCUGCCCGGGAGGGGAGCUAUGAGGCCGCCAAGAUCCUCUUAGACCAUUUUGCCAACCGGGACAUCACAGACCACAUGGACCGCCUGCCCCGGGACGUGGCUCGGGAGCGCAUGCACCACGACAUCGUGCGCCUGCUGGACGAGUACAACGUGGCGCCGAGCCCUCCGGGCUCCGUGCUGACCUCUGCCCUCUCCCCCGUCAUCUGCGGGCCCAACCGGCCCUUCCUCAGCCUCAAACACACUCCGAUGGGCAAGAAGCCCAGACGGCCCAACGCCAAGAGCGCCGUGCCCACCAGCCUCCCUAACCUGGCCAAGGAGGCCAAGGAGGUCAAGGGUGGCAGGAGGAAGAAGUCGCUGAGUGACAAGGCCCAGCUGUCGGAGAGCUCCGUGACUCUGUCCCCCGUCGAUUCCCUCGAGUCCCCUCACACCUACGUUUCCGACACCACCUCCUCCCCAAUGAUCACAUCCCCUGGCCUCCUACAGGCCUCGCCCAACCCCAUGCUGGCCGCGGCCGCGGCCCCCGCCCCCGUCCACGCACAGCAUGCACUGUCCUUCUCUAACCUCCGUGAGAUCCAGCCUUUGGCCCACGGGCCCGGCAAUGUCCUUCCCUCGGUGAGCCAGCUGCUGUCCCACCACCACAUGGUGCCCCCAGGCAGCGGCAGUGCGGGCAGCGUGGGGAGGCUGCAUCCGGUCCCUGUCCCGGCAGACUGGAUGAACCGCAUGGAGAUGAAUGAGAGCCAGUACAAUGAGAUGUUUGGUAUGGUACUGGCACCAGCUGAGGGCACCCCUCCUGGCAUAGCUCCUCAGAGCAGGCCGCCGGAAGGGAAGCAUAUGACCGCCCCCCGGGAGCCCUUGCCCCCCAUCGUGACUUUCCAGCUAAUCCCCAAAGGCGGGAUUGCCCAACCCGCCGGGGCACCCCAGCCUCAGACCAGCUGCCCUCCGGCUGCUGCAGGCUCCAUGCCCACCAUGUACCAGAUUCCAGAAAUGGCUCGUUUGCCCAGCAUGGCGUUCCCCGCUGCCGUGAUGCCCCAGCAGGACGGGCAGGUCGUUCAGACCAUCCUCCCCACCUACCACCCUUUCCCAGCCUCCGUGGGCAAGUACCCCACGCCCCCUUCACAGCAUAGUUACGCUUCCUCCAAUGCCGCCGAGCGAACGCCCAGCCACAGUGGUCACCUGCAGGGGGAGCAUCCCUACCUGACCCCAUCCCCAGAGUCUCCUGACCAGUGGUCAAGUUCGUCACCCCACUCUGCUUCUGACUGGUCAGACGUGACCACCAGCCCCACUCCCGGGGGGGCCGGAGGAGGUCCGCGGGGACCGGGGACACACAUGUCUGAGCCAGCACGCAGCAACAUGCAGGUUUACGCGUGAAAGCCUGCCUCCGGUGCAGGCACAGAACUGCCUAUUGUAAAUGCUGCUGAGGACAAAUGAAGGUCAUCCGGGGGAGAAAUGAAGAAAUCUCUGGGACCAGCUUCUGGAGGCAGAAGAGAGGAGACGCUCUUACCUCUCAGCUACUGCAAGGAAAGCAGUCCCAUCAGCGUCAGCAGGUGUCUGCAGGGCUCUGGGAGGGAGCGACACGCCUCAUAAUCUCUGGCCCAUCAAGCCAAGUGCGUUGGAAAUGCAAGAUGAAUACGAGACUUGGGACCAUGUUUACCCUCUUUUACUUGGAGAAUGGACGGAUGCCUGUUGUAGCUCAGACAUUCUUGCAGCUGGGACUGCGCUGUAUGCCCUGGGGGCUCCUGCCCUGUCCAUGAGAAGAUUCCACGGGGAAUUAUCCCUGGAAUUCUAGCUGGACUGACCUGUCUCAUCCUCUCAGCCUUGGCAAUUCUUCGGACUGUUUGGUGCUUUGAGUUUUGCACCUGUCUGUGUUCGCAGCCACAUCAGCACGGUACCGGCCCGGCCUCUGUGCCUUUAACCAUUCCUGGUCUAGAACAUAACUCUCACUGCCUUGUCCCUCCGUGUUCGCAGCCACAUCAGCAAGAUACCGGCCCGGCCUCUGUGCUGUUAACCAUUCCUGGUCUAGAACAUAACUCUCACUGCCUUGUCCCUCCGUGUUCGCAGCCACAUCAGCAAGAUACCGGCCCGGCCUCUGUGCUGUUAACCAUUCCUGGUCUAGAACAUAACUCUCACGGCCUUGUCCCUCCGUGUUCGCAGCCACAUCAACAAGAUACCGGCCCGGCCUCUGUGCUGUUAACCAUUCCUGGUCUAGAACAUAACUCUCACUGCCUUGUCCCUCCCGUUUUCCACUCUCCCUGGGUGUCUCCCGGGUGACUUUGGUUAUGGUUCUCAGCAUAGACCUUCCUGUUUCUUUAGAAAACGGGCAUUCGGCAUCCUCCUGCCUGACAGCAUUCCUGGAAGAGGAGCAACAUAUUUUUCUUCGAACCCCAUUUUGGGACAGGAGAUCCCUUCAGGAUGCUCCCAAGCUCCCUGGCCUGCACGCAGGGCUUCAUGGAAACCUUACAGGAGGGAGGCUGAGAGUCCGUCUUUUGUUCGUGGGCCGAGUCAGUGUGCAAUUUUACCCUUGGCAGUUGGGUACUAUGACCCUUUUUAAAAAAAAAAAAAACCCACCAGGACUCAGAAUGUUGGAAUGACCAAGAGAUAAACUCAAUGAUGCAAGAAGUGUUCCCACUGGCCGGUGCCUUCCCUCCCUGCCCAGCAGCACACUGACUCCCGUGGGAAGCCUGUGCGUGCCUCCCCGCUGGCAGAACCCUCAAGGGCUCCCCUCACUCACCCAGCGGACAAAGCUGUCUGUAUAUUGAGCCUUUCCUUCCACGGGUCCUCACAAGAAAACGUCUCAGACGAUAAUUCUCUCACCUUCUAGAAUGGAACUGGCCUCGGCUCCGGGCAGCCCAUGGCAGCCGUCUUCCCUUCGUUUCCUGAUUCUCUUUCUGAUCACAGGCCCACUCACCAGACUUCCUUUCACACCGGAGGGGCUGAGUUACCGGUGCCCCCAGUAGGUUCUCACCGAACACAGGGAUUUAUUUUCAAGGGCAGGAAAUGGAGCCUUGGCCUCGCUCUCUAGGGUCAAGGCCAGUCCCUUGGAAAGGGAGGAACGACGAGGCAGCCCUGGCUCCUUCUUGCUACCAUUCCAUUUCCUUUGAAGCAGUCAUGACAUCUCCUUUUAGGUAACUAACAAGCUUAUCAGGGACAUUUUUCUUUCCUAGAGUCACCGUCUAGAUGGCAGUGGACAGUUACAGAUUCACUGUCCUCGACACCCUCGUGUUCGGUGUGGAAAUGCAUCUCACCUAAGUCUGCUCUUUGUUAUUUGUGGUCUUGGCAGCUUGCAUGACCCUGGGUCAGGAGCAGGAGUGUUCUAGGUAACACCAGACGUAGGAAGCUAAAGAAUAGUUCCCUCCACCCCCUUCUCCCUGAGUCGGCAAAUAAUUGUCACAUCGACCUGGUGCUAUACUGUCAUGGCACCGGGGAGAUCAGUUCCCCGGAGCAGGUGGUAGACAUUAGUAGGGGCGUUGCCUGCUCUGUUUUGGGGUGAGUAACAGUCUUCAUUCCUGCCAUGGCUGAGUGUUCACCAGGGCCUCCCACUUACUUGCUUUAUCUGCCUGUGGCCCCGUACAGAGGAGCCCAGUGUGUCUGUUAGCAGGGAAGUCUACAAAGGAUGCUUUCAGUCCUGCCCAAGUUCAUGAGCCAAGAAAAAGAAUUAGUUCUGCUGUAAUAUAAGCAGAUUGUCCAUUCAUUCUGCAUUUUAUUCUCUCAGGUGGCGACUCUACCAGCCCCUUUCAUAGUGUGUAACAUUCUGUCACUCUAACUGCUGACUCUGUCCUUGGCUGCAUUUGUUAAUUCACAGGUGGGGGGUCACCUGUCUGACUCACCAUGGAGCCCCACACCGGCCCCACUUACCGAAAGUGUCACCUCUGAUCCAGCAGCUUGAAUCUUUGAUAACCUCCCUCUCCCGGCACUGUAGGCCUCACUCGCUUGUUUCUCUGUGCAGCCCUUUGGGUUUCGGGGAAGGAAUGAGAGCUGCCGUCACAGACCACGGGCUUCGCCUUUCAGGCACUGGUCGGUCUCUGAGAUUAGAAGGACCCUUGAGUUGUAUCAUAUCUAAUAGAAGAGAUGGUGAGUUGGAGACUCACCUUCUCAUUUGGUUCUGAAUGGCAGACAAACUUUUAAGGGGACAGAGCUUUUAUACCGUGUAUAGGUCAACCCCCCACUUUGGGUUUAUUUUUAUAAAUUCUUCCUUUGAUUCUUCUGUCAUCCUCUGCGGAUCGAUUUUUUUAUUUGUUUAUUUCUUCUGUUUUGUGUGAAGCAUCAUUUGCUGACUUAACAUGAUGGUGAGGGAGGGAGGGGUUUAAGGGCAAGAGAGCCUGAAAGUCUUUAGUGUAAGCCAUCAGCGAUGAUGCUCAAGUCCAUUAUGUCAUCUUACUAUUAAGUUUGGUAGCCCACAGUUCUUGCAAAGAAAGGAACCAAAGGUGGAGUGUGCUGUCAGCAGGUGGCUUCAGGAAUUUGGCCUUGAUCGAUAACAUUGAAUGCAUGAUGACCCUUUGAUUGGACAGUUCUAUGCCCCGAGGCUCCGCCCCUAACUGUCUGGUACUAUGCUCCUUUCUUGUGUACAUUUCUCUUAAGAGUGAUAUUAUAUGUUUGUAUGAGAAAGCCCAUAACCAAUAAAAUGACUGCAUAUUCCUAACUAGGCAUAGUAAGGAACAUGCACACUUUGUUUUUACUCUUCAAAGUUUCGUUCUAAAAGUAGUUAAGGUGAAAUUUAUAUGAAAGCAUUUUUAUCAUAAAAUAAAAGCAGUUACAUGUCAAACU